CUGUGAUUUUUCGGGUGUGUGAAACAUUCAAACGGAAAGAACGAACGAGUCUGCAACUACCAUCAGCAUCACCAUUGCCUCUUGAAUAUCCCACCACCGGCAGCACUCAAAUUUGGAUUGGAUCCCGAGAUUGAAUUGAAUUCAUCUGCGUCAUUGAACACGCUCUUAUACACACACACACACACACACCCAAACGGUUACAAUUGUGAAGUGACGGGGCGGAAGAGCCCGAAGAGCGAAGAUUUAAAUUAGUGCCAUUUUCUCCCAAAUAGCAGAGAAGGGCAGAGGAAGUGAAAAACGGAAUUUAUUUGAAUAUGAGCUCGGUAAGGUUUGGGCGACAAGAACAACCGGACGGACGGGGGCGCUGCUGCUGAAUUUCAUUAGUGAAAUUGAUGAUCGAAAAUUGAUUUCUGAGCUACUGAAGUGAGGGUUCUGUGAGACAGACGAAAGUCUAGGCCAGUGUUUGGAGUCUAUUUUCGGGUAGUUUUUCGUGUUUUGAGCCAUUGUUCAAUUGUUCGAAGGAAGCUCCAGGAACGGAUGCGGCAGCAGCAGAGCGAAUGAUAACUAAUGAGUUUGGCGGAGCUAGAGGAAUUGUUAGGAGCGUUUAAUUUCUAGCGAUUCUACCAAGCCUAGCGUUCUAAACCACCACACCGGAGCCAACACCAGCACCGGUUCUGAGGUCUAUUUGAGCACCAUUCCAAACGGCAAGGUGCGGUAACCGAGCGAGAUUCUUCACUAUAGGCAGAAUAUUCCAAACCAGAUAGUUGAAUGAGUAACAGUGCAAUGGUUGCGGUGGCCAUCUGCUGUAUUCUGGUACUGCUGGCAGUAUUCAUCGUACUGAUAAUAGUUGUCGGGCAAACGAUGGGUGAACCAAAGUGAGAUAAGCUCCAACUGGGGCCAGGU